AUGGAAAACGAUUAUCUUCUAGACACCUACGAACUAUCAGACACAGAACCUAAUGAUAAUACAUUAGGAUUACAAUCGAACCAAAAUGUCGACAAUGCUGCAGCGGAUCUUGGUAUUGCUGAGGAAGUGGUAGUGAAGAAGAGGAAGCCAGCAGCUAAACUAGAUGAACACCGUCUACUUGGUGUCAAUGGCAUUCCAGCACUUAAAGCAAAAAUAGUCCCUAGAAUGAAGUUUAAAGGCAAAGGUCAUGCAAAACGAGACUUGACAAAAAUUCUUAGCGCGUACCAAAUAUGGGCUCAUGGACUUUUCCCCAAAGCUAAUUUCAUGGACUUUGUGCAACUGGCCAAGAGAGCGGGAUCCACACCUGUCAUGAGAGUAUAUCGUCGACAAUGGAUCGAGGUAGAAAAGAAAAAAUCCACCUCAGACUAUCUUGACGAGAUGUACGCGUCCCGUAACCAAGGGAGUGAAGACCAUGGUGACAACACGAUUAUACCAGAAGCCAUUGACAACUACGAACAGAGAGCUAGUGAUAUUAUUCCCGAAGAAGAAUCGUUGUUUUUCAGUGAUGAUGGUAUGCCCGAUGCUUCCAACUUGCUUUCCACCGGCAAUAUUACAGUUCAAUCAGACCCAUCGGCAAACCAAUCCCGAGAAGAAGAGCAAUUUGACGAACAGGACGAGAUAUGGUCGUCUAUUCACCAUUCCAAUCAAUCUGCUAAUAAAUCACCUUCUAAUCCAACUCUAUCAACGUCAGAAGCACAAGAAAGCGAGACUAAAAGCCCUACAGAAGCACCUCCGACUAAUGAGAAUGCCAAUAGUGACAGCGAAGAUAUUAGCGACAGUGAAAUUAUCGCUCUAACUGAGAUGAGACCUACUUCAAACCUGACUACCGAAGAAAAUGAGGAAGAAGGACAAGAGUUUGAUCUCUUCGCUGGCAUGGAUAUCUAG